AUGGGGGACAAUGGGAACCUCAGCGACCUCAACCGCGUCGACUUCGCCAAUGUGCAGGAGCAGGCGUCCUGGGUGUGCCGCUGCGAGGCCGGCGUGGUGCAGCGCCUGGAGCAGGACUUCAAGGCGACGCUGCAGCAGCACAACUCGCUGGAGCAGUGGGCGCUGUGGCUGGACGCCGUGGUGGGACGAGUCCUCAAACCCCACCUGGGGACCCCGGCCUUCCCCAGGGCGGCCAAACUGUUCCUGCUCAAAUGGUCCUUCUACAGGUGGGGGGGGGCCGAAAUGGGGGGCGAAAGUGGGAGAUUGCGGCCCAAAAUGAGGAGAUUGCAGCCCAAAACCAUGAGAUUGUAGCCCAAAAUGAUGAGAUUGCGGCCCAAAAUGAUGAGAUUUCAACCCAAAUCCAUGAGAUUGCAGCCCAAAAUGAUGAGAUUGGAGCC